UACGUUCGCAUGUUCCUUCGUUUUUCGAUAGCCCGAUGUUUUGUCGUCGUCCUAGAAGUAGCAGCUCUUCAUAGGUUACUAGUAAGCAAUAGUGGGAAUUGUUCUGUGUUCCAAGAGCAGAGGCCAGUGGUGGGUUGAUUGGCUUGUGGCUUGCGGCAGGGCAAAUUUCCUUCGAGAGGAGCGCUAGCUUGUUGAUUGGUCUGCGCUCGUCUCGCUCGAGUUCCAUCGAGUUGAGUGGCUUCUUUCCAGCCGUGCUCUGGAGUCGUGCGAGUGGUGCGAGUGAUGCGAGUGGCAGCGGGCAUCGCAUUGGCAUCCAGUGGGUGGUGCGCCAGUGGAUAGGAUAGUGCGAAAGCUCUUAGCACGCCAGUUCCGCUCUCCACUAAGUGGUGUAAAUUCCAAUCAAGGUACCACCACUUAGAUUGAAAGAAAUGUCGUCUGUGCCAGAGCUAUCACAAUUUCCAAGCACAUUCAUGGAGAAAAAAAGAAAGAUGUCGACAGUUUUUAGUAUAGAAAGCAUUCUGCAAUCCAAAACAAAGGACAAUCAGUGCUCGGACUCGAACAGCAGUGACCUAAAUGUGACCACGGGUUCGCCUAAUCAGACUGUCUCCAAAUCGUUUCACUCAUCUGAAGAGGCCUUGGGUCCGGAUGAGGAGGCUGAACCCGCCACUUGCAUUCGUGACGACUCUCGUGUGGCUGAAUCUCCAGCCAGCACACCUCGAAGUUGCCAAUCUCCGGCUCAGGAAGACACGGACAUUGAACAACAUCAACAACAGAAUAAUAACCCUCUUGCAUGUUUGCAAUUUCAACAACUUCUCAGCGCCACGCUACUUCAUCGAGUGGGACCUUCACCUUCCUCGUUGUUAGGAAUUCAUCGUAGUGUUCCAUUUUCUAACCCUGUGGGGCUCCCACUACCUCGAUCUCAUUUCAACCCUGCUUUGGUUUUUAAUGGCGAACAUCAGCCAAGAUUGCCCAUCAAGUGUCACCUCCGAAAGCAUAAAGCCGACCGCAAGCCUCGCACCCCUUUUACAUCGCAACAAUUGACAGCUUUGGAAGCCAAAUAUAAAGAGAAACAAUAUCUCUCCAUUGCCGAGAGGGCAGAAUUCUCCGCUCAUCUCAAAAUGACAGAGACUCAAGUCAAAAUUUGGUUUCAAAAUCGUCGGGCCAAAUCCAAACGACUCCUAGAGGCCGAGGCUGACCGAGUUCGUAUAGCCAGCAAUCCCAAUGCAGCCGUUCUGGCUGCUCAGUUUGGCUUUGUGCCACCAUCUUUGAUGCCCAGCUUCAUGUCACAGUCACAAGGGACAAGUUUCUCUUAAUGCUACCUCCGCCGCCUCCUCCUUCUCCUCCUUUGAACAAGAUGAUGGGACUGAAGAAAGUUGGUCACUCAUUAUUCUGGACGUUUCGUAAUCAACAACUCAAUUUUGUGUGAUUCGGACACCAGAGGCGAAUUUCUUGCUUCGAACGGGUGUGUGUGCGUGUUUGUGUGCAUUGGUUGUCUUUAUUGACACCCGGAGUGGGCCCCUACUAUAUGCUCCCAAAGAGUCAAAUUCCUGUUCUCUCGCCCAUACUCUCGACAUUAUCAACACCAUCAUCACCAUCGCCACAACAGUUUAUUCUAUCAUCAUUAUUAUUAUUAUUAUCGUUACCAUCCCGCCGCUACCGCCACGUUCGCCGCCGCCAUCCCAAGAACAACAACCACCACAGCAACGGCAACAACAACAACAACAACAACAACAUUAUCAUCAAUAACAACAACAACAACACAAUGACCACUUUUCCUUUCACCACUAUGACCCGAAAGGCUGGGAGUAACGCCAUGUCAAAUAAUAAGGGGACAAGAUAGUAAACGCCUUAUGGAGACUUUUGGAAUACAGCGUCCUCGGGGAAAGAACGACAUUACAUUCAACCAGAACUUAGAAACCAAUCUUUAUCGUUGAAUUCGAUUGCCAAAGUAGAUGCAAAUAAACGAUUAAAUAUCAUUUAAAUACACGACCACUCGAGAAACCAACUGAACAGUCCCUUUUCAUUUUUUUCUUUGGCGGUUGUUUUUGCCGUUGUGUGAUAACUCAAUAACACACGCAAACGAAUCCAAAUCUCGUGAAAGGAAGGCUUCAUUCUGAGUGGCCAACGACACGCAUUAAAAACAACCGUUUGUUCGUUCCUUCGCUCGGUUCAAUCUGUAAGCCUUUUUUGGCUUUUUGUCAAUUCUCCUACGACGUUGGAAAUAUAGUAUUUCAGAGAAAAGUCAUUUCCUGGACACUUUUAUCCAUCAUCGUGAGAUCUGACUGGAAUGUGCGACCAGUAAAGAGGGAGCGUUUAAGAAGUAAAACGAACACCCCAGAUGGAAUUUCAGACAACUUCUCCUAUAC